GUUAACAAUGCUCUUUUUUGACAAUUCGCGAGAAACAUUUGACACUUACAAUACUCUACUUAUGCAUAUUACAGAAAAGUGUGUUCGCGCCAGUAAAACGUAGGAGUUGCGAGAAAUAUUGAGGUCCUUCUUCAGUCUCUCGUCAGCUCGAGCAACUUCGAAAACGCCAGUUAGUUCCGCCCGCGCGUCGAGCCUGUGCGAUACUCAAAUUUAUUAUUGAGAGCGGAUUAUCGAAGAACGUCCGAUUUUCAAGUGAAUUUUGAUAAAAUCGUGUUUAGGGCUCCGAAAUUUUUUUUUUUGGAAAAUGCCCGCCUAUACCUAUCACAACACUGUCGACCGACCGCCGAAACAAGAGGAAGGUGCCGUUCAUUGGCCAUAUCGAACGACGCCUCUUGUUUUGCCGGGUGCAAAAAUCAAGAAGGAUGCCUCCCUUGGUGAGUGCUACCUCCGUCAUCAUCCAAAUCCGAUGAUCAGGGCAGCUCCUCAUCAUUACGAGAUUACGAAUCCGGAAGUUGCUAUGAAACAAAAAGUGGCUGAGUCGGUUCUCCAACGUGUCUUGGGACCUAAUGAAUUACCUAAGGUUGUCGCUAAGCAAUUCAAUUCACCGAUCGGACUCUACUCUGACCAAAAUAUAGCGGACACUAUUAAAUGUCAGGCAUCUGCCAUUCCCUUCAAGAAACCGGCGAAGUACGACCCGAGUAAGAGCGAAGCUUACAAGGCUCUUCAGGAGGAAGCACUCGGGGAUCAUGUCCAGGAAAUCAGGCAGCCAGCACGUACUGGAGUUUUUAAUCCUCAAAAGGCCAAUCCGAGCAGGGCACAACAUCCUCCACAGAGGAGUCCAGCUCCAUACGUAGUUUUGGAAGACGACGGUGAGAAGAUCCACCAGAGCAACAGUUUUAAAAGGAUCAUGUUCAGUGUGCUGGGGCAAACCGAUUACUAAACAUCGAACAAUCUGAACUGAAUUUAAUUUUACAAACAUGUUAUCUAUCCAUUAUAAUUAUUUUCUUCAGCCUCACAGAAAGUAGAGGUUUAAAAGAAAAUGUAAUUUUUCGUCCACAUAAAAAACAAAACAAAAAUAAUUCGCUACUUUCGAAGCAUCUUUUAUUAUUUUAAGAAAGCAUAUUUAUUUUUUUGUCUAUCGAGUCGCCACCUAUAUCUUCACGAUAAGGAAAAGAAGCAUAGUAUUAAAGAGAACCUUCGCUAUUUUACUACACUUUUUUAUUUGUAAAUCACUCAGAAACUUAUUAAAAGGCUGCUGUACAUUUCUCGUUUGCGAAAUGGAACGUUCUUCAUUGAAGAUAUAAAAUUGGCGCAAAUAAUGUAUAUAUACGCACAAGUGUAUUUCAACUAUUGUAAUGAUAAGAUUAUGAAAAUAAAGAACUAACGCUAUCAAAUA